AUGAUAAAAGAAUUUUUUUUUAUUCACCUCACAUAGAAAAAUUAAAAUUAACCAAAAGAAAUAGACGUUAGAUAAGUUUGUUUGAACCAAAAUGGAAGAAUUUGUUCAAUAUUUUUUAGGCUAGCUGGAUGGAAAGGAAAAUAUUUAUAGGAGCAAAAUAAGUAUUUUUAUGAAUAUCAAAAGCUAAACAUAAAAUUUCAGCAUUCUCUUCUAUUGUAUUUUUUUUUGUUAAAUUAUAGUUGGAAGAAUAUUGGAAUACUGAUAAUUUAGAAUAAGAGUAUCAAGAAUUGUUUCCUCAAAUAAACCCCUAUUAUAAGCCAUAUCUCUAAAAUUAUUUAAUCUUUAUUGCCAAAGAAAAUAAAUCCAUUAUAUACAAUAAUAAUUAUUUCUGGAUUUUAUUAAAUUUAAUGUAUUUCUAUUAAUUAUAAAUUUUCAUCUCAUUAUAAUUCCCCAUUUAUAUUUGAAUUUCUAUAAGAAAAUUUGAAUUAAUUAAAUAAACAAUAAUAUCUUAUGCAAACAACAUUAGAAAUAGAAAAAAAACUUUGUUAAGUUCAUAAAUUAGAAAUAGUGGCAGUUGAUUUGAAAUCAUAAACUAGAAUAGACGAUAAAUAUUUAUGCACUAGGUGUCUGGCUGAGAGAGUUGAUAAAGAAAACAUGACAUUGCUAAAUGAAGCUACUGAAAUGAUAUAAAGCAUGAAAACCCAAUCUUUAAAAAUUGCAAAGGAAGAAAAUGUACUUAGAUUAACUAAUUUAAAAUAAUUAUAAUCAUCCAUUAAAUCCUUUAAAAACUAAAUCAAGACGGAAUUAGGAAAAUUGCUUCAUUUAGUUGAUCAAUAAAUGGAAUAGAUCCAAACUGAAAUUGAAUCAAAGGAUUCAAAGUUUGAAAUCAAAAAUUAUGAUGAUGAAAUUCAAAUUCUAUCAAAAAAUUAUAUAGGAAAUUUUAGUUAUAAUAUACCGAAAUAACAAACCUACAAGGAAAUAGAUGUGGCCCUUGUUUAAUUAAUUUAUGAAUCAUUAUAAUCUUAGUCAAAAUCAUAAAAUUUUAUAUAAAUUAUGGAAUCCAUAGAUUAAAUAAGAUCAAGUAUACCAAUCACUUAAUAGGCCAAAAUAAACGAAACGCCUGCAAAAGAAUUUGAUUAACAUGUUAUUAAUUUAUUGAUAUUCUUAGAAAACUCCAUGUCUGAAUUAGAUAUGCAAUAAGCAUAACAAAGAAAUAAUUAUGUUAAAUGUUAAUUACAAUGAGCCUAAAUUCGGUCGAUUGGCAUGCGUAGAAUGUAUUCAAGAAAACCCUAUUCAAUAUAUUAGCUUAAAAGAAGCAAAUAAUAUGUGGAAUACUCUUAUUGGAGAAUCAGAAGAUUUAAUUUCUAAACAUAAUUUUAAAAGAGAAAAAACAUUUAAAAUGGUUAUAUAAGAAAUCAAAUAACUAAAAAACCAUUAUAAUAAUUAAUUAUCAGAAAUGUUGUCAUCUAUAGAUGAAUAGCUUAUUUAAAGUAAUUAAGAAUUUUAAGAUUUCCUAAAAUUAGAGAAUAAAUAGAUAUUUGAAUUAGAUGAAAAAUAAGUUGAAAAGAUGAUUGAUUUAUUAAGUUAAUAAGAUAAAAAUAAACAUAUCCUUUAGUAAUAGGAGAAACAAGAUAGACUUGAUUAUUUAUUUUAUCAGAAUGUCAAAUCAAAAUUAGAAACCCUUAUCAAGCAUGAUUUACUUUGCAAGUAAUAAUUGAUGACAAUUAUUUAAGAAUAACAAGGUAAUUUGUUUUGAUUAUAUUAUAGAUAAAAAAGAAAUAGGAAAUAAUCCAUAAGCUGAUGUUAAAAUAACCCCUGAAAUACAAGAGUUUAUAUCGAAAUGUUAAUUGUAAGAGUAAUAUUUAUAAAUACAUUCUGAAUCAGUUGAAUUUCAAAUUGAAUUAUAGAAAGAAGUAUAAUAGCUUGAGUAAAAAGGUUAACUAGAAUAAUAUAUUGAAUUGGAAGGAAAAAAUGAUACCGAUAAUGUUAAAUAUACUUUACUCUAAUAAUAAUUUAAAUAAUAUGAAAUAAAUUCAGAAAAAAUGAGGAAAUUGAUAAAGGCUGAUGAAAAUGAGAAACAAUUGUUAUUAAUUACCAAAUAAAAAGAAGAAUUGCAGCUAAAAAUUGAUGAGGAAAAAUAAGAAAUUAAAUAAAUUCAGUAAAAAAUUGUUGAUUUAGAAGAAAAUAUGAAUCAAAAAUUCUUUAAAUAAGAAUAAGAAUUUGUUGAAUAAUUUAAUAAAGAAACAACUUAAAAUAAUGAACUUAAGUAAAAUUUAUUGGAAUUAACUCAGUCUAGUGAAAUACGAUUGGAAUAAUUAACUACAAAAUAUAAUGAGUUGAAUUAAUAAAUUGAUGAUGUAUAAUCAGAAUUAAAAGAAAGAGAGAAAUCGUCUGUAGUCUCAGAUAAAUUAUAAUCAUUAACAAAUAGUAUUGAAACAUAAAUUAUAACUGUUGAUUAAAAAGUUGAGAAGUUAACAGAAAAAAUAAAAGAAGUAGAUACUUAAUAAACUACAUAAACUUAAUUAUAAAAAGAAGAGUUAAUAUCAAAAAUAAAUAUUGAAAUAAAUGCAAGAGAUUUAUUAAUUGAAAAAUAAAAUUAAAGAAUGGAUUAAUUUAUAUAAAAAAAUGAUUAAUAAUUGGCAUCGUUAUCGGAGUAGAUAAAAGAAGAAAAUACCGCUCAAUUAUUAUAGUAGAAGAAAUUAAUUGAAUUAGAAAAUUAAAAUAAAUAAUAGAUAUAAUAAUUGGAUGAUAAAAUUAGGAAUUAAUUACAAAAUAUGAAUACGGUAGUAUAGGAAAAUACUAAGGAUUAAAAAAACCAUGAAGACCUGUUAAAACAUUUGGUUCUUUAAUCUAAAAAUGAUCUGUUAAAUUUGGAAAAAAAAAACUGCUUUUUAUAAUAAAUAUUUCAAAAAAAUAAAUUUGAUUAGAUAUUAAAACCAAAUCUACUUAAAGCUGAUUACUGGAUCAAAAUAUUUUAUAUUUUAUAAGAGAGGACUAAAAAAAAUAUAAAAUAGCCAGUUUUGAUUUAUUAAGGUACAAGAGAUGGAUUAAAUAAUUAAUAAUAUUGGAAGAAAGUAAAUGGUAAAGAGAACUUACUUAUGGUAUUUAAAUCGAAAAGUGAUUAUAUCUUUGGAGCAUACUCUCCUUGUAAAUGGGAAUCAUGUAAUGGUAAAUAUAUAGAAGAUAAUACAUUAUCAUCUUUUAUAUUUUCAUAAACUCAUGAUUAAGUUUAUCCUUUGAAGUAAGAUUAAAAAUAAUAUGCUAUUUAUUGUU